CCCGCCUUUGUACCUUACUUUCUCACACCUUGCUUUCUUCACACAUCUCUUCGCCUUUCUUUAACCUUUCUUCACUCUCCUUAUUCUCUUCGUCAAUUGCUUUGUAUAUAUCUUCACCAUCUCUAAAUACCUACUUCCAAGCGCCUUCGCUUCACCACCACCACCGCCACCACUACCGCCACUACCCUCAGUCAGUGUCGCUUCAACAGUCUUCACUACUACUCAACUCUACACCGUACCAACAUGAAGUUCUCCAAGACCCAGUCCUACUCCCUCUUCGCUGCCAUGCUCGCUGUGGCCAGUGCCCACCGUGCUCGUGUUCUGCCCUUUGGCCCUGAACUGGCCCACCAAGAGUACCGCGCCCCCUCGACCGCCGCUGGAUUCGCCGACAGCCACUCUUUCUUCACCGGUUCAAAUCAGAACCCAAAAAAGGUUGCCACCGACUUUGUGGAGCAGCACUUGACCUCAUCUGACUACAUCGUCAAGAACGCAUACACCUCCAAGCACAAUGGCGUGACGCACGUCUACCUUCGCCAGGUCGUCAAUGGUCUCGAGGUCGUUAAUGGCGACAUCAACAUCAACGUCGACAAGCACGGCAACGUUAUCUCUUAUGGUGACUCGUUCUACAAGGCUCGCCAGGAUACCGACUCGUUGUCGGUUCAGGACUGGAUCAAGCAGGAGGCUGAGAACCUUGCAGAGCAGGGUCGCCAGCUGGCCUUUGGAGGCAGAAGACGCCGCGGUAGUCUUCAUCUGAAGCACAUGUCGACCAUCAAAGGCCCCGAUGUUAAGGCCACUCUCUCGCCCCAAGAUGCUCUCUUGUCGUUCGCAAAGUACCUCAAUGUAAAGAUCCCUCGCCCAGAGGACAUGGAUAUCAUUACGACCUACAAUUUCAAUUCAAACAAGGCAGAGGUUAUCAUGACCAACUGCCCACUUACUGCCAACGGCAAGGUCCCCGUCAAUCAGGCCUACAUUCAAACAGAGCAAGGCACCCUCGAGCUCGUUUAUGGCUUCCAGGUCGAGAUGAAGGAUACUGACAACUGGUUCCAUGUCCAGGUCAAUGCUGAGACUGGAAACGUCAUGCAAGUCGUCGACUGGGUUUCAGAUGCCACCUACAACGUCUUCCCCAUGGGCGUGAACGAUCCCCUUGAUGGCGAGCGCAAGUUGGUUGUCGAUCCUGAACAUUUGCCCGCCUCUCCUUUGGGAUGGAACCGUCAGGGGCAGAACAAGAACUUUACGACCACGAUCGGCAACAAUGUCUACGCUGGCGAGAACCGCAGGAAUGGAAACGACUGGCAGAACAACCCCAAGCCUGAAGGCAAGCUGAGCAAGGACGAUCAACUCACGUUUGAUUUCAAGAUUGACUUUGAGAAAGAUCCAGUGACCUAUGUCGAUGCAGCCAUUACCAACUUGUUCUACUGGAAUAACCAGGUCCAUGAUAUCUUCUACCAUUACGGAUUCGACGAAGAGGCUGGCAACUUCCAGGAGAACAACUUUGGGCGCGGAGGAUUGGGUAAUGACGCUGUGAUUGCCAAUGCGCAGGAUGGGUCGGGGUACAACAACGCCAACUUUGCUACACCUCCCGAUGGUCAGCACGGUCAGAUGCGUAUGUAUGUCUGGGAUAUCACUGAAGUAGCCCGCGAUGGAGACCUCGAGAGUGGUAUCAUCAUUCACGAAUACGCCCACGGUAUCUCGACCCGCUUAACCGGAGGCCCCGCCAACUCUGGAUGUUUGGGAUGGGGUGAGGCCGGUGGAAUGGGUGAGGGAUGGGGCGACUUUUUUGCGACGAUGUUCCGCCAGAACGCUACCCACAAUUAUGAAUCUGAGUUCGAAAUGGGUUCCUAUGCCAGCGGUGGUCGCGGUAUCCGUCGCUUCCCAUACUCGACCUCAAUGAAGACCAACCCCGAAACGUUCAAAACCAUGGACGGUCGUGCUUAUUGGGGAGUCCAUGCCAAGGGUGAAGUCUGGGCACAGAUGCUGUUUGAGGUCUACCAAAACCUGCAUCUCCGCCUUCCUUUCACUGACAUCUGGUACACAAACGACAAGACCAGCUAUGCCAAUACGCUCGUCUUGCAGCUGGUUGUCGAUGGCAUGAAGUUGCAACCAUGCAUGCCUUCAUUCAUCCAGGCCCGCGAUGCUAUUUUGCAGGCCGAGAAGUUGUUGACAGAGGGCAAGUACCAGUGCGACAUCUGGAAGGCAUUCGCCAAGCGUGGUUUGGGCCCUAAGGCCAGGGUCAUUGGUGCCAAUUCUCCAUUCGGAAGCAUCCGCUCUGAGAGCUUUAUCCUUCCUAACGGCUGCGAUGCGUAAAAGACGACACCGCGUCUUUUGAGAUACCACGUCUAACAAUGAUAAUGACGAGUGCCGCUUCAUUAUUUAUGUCCUUUUAUCCAAGUGCGGGUCGCCCGGCACUCGCGGUAUUGGCUCUGGUGCUGUUGUUUUCUGUGGGGUCUCUAGUCUAUCUGUAACGUUAUUAUGAACUUAUCGAAUCGCCAUUAUUAAAGUUAUGCUAUUUCGAUUCAAA